AUGGCUCUAUCUGCCCCUCAACGGUGGGAAGAUGCGCAGCAAAUAGAGAAAGAUUUAUCGACAUUGAUUCGAUGCUCUAAACCUACUUACGAAGAGAUUGAAAAUCUUAUUCAUCAAAUGCGUAUAUUAUGUGAGGAAAUAAUCUUUCUCGACUUCGGAUUUGCUGCCAAGUCAUGCAUAGGAAGGCAUCUAUGGGAUGCUCACACAUUAAUAAACAACCGCUAUCGUAAAAUUAUCGGUCGCUAUAAAGGUGAUAAAAACUUUGUAGUAGAGAAACGAAAAGUUGAAAAGCAUUAUGUUGAUUUCAUCAAAACAAGCCAAUACUUUUACAAAGGGUAUAUUCAGCGCUUAGCAUCACACUUCUCUGGCAUCAAAGGUCUCUCCCGGAUUGCUGGAAUUCUGUGUAUUAAUGAGCAGACUACCGACUCACUCCCCAUUGUUCCAGCAGAGUUACAGAAACUUAUCGAACAGUCAUGCUAUGCAACUUUAUUACGUCUUGGGGACCUCUCGCGGUACCGUAACAUGAUUAAAACUAGGGAGCGAAGCUGGCAGCCUGCCGUGGGAUACUAUCAGCUCGCAAACAGUCUUGAUCCCCUAUCAGGUACAGCACAUAACAAAAUGGCUGUCAUUGCCCUCGCCGACAACAAUCAUCUCGAUGCCGUCUAUCAUCUUUUCCGUGCUACAGCUGCUUAUGAGCCUGACUUGCUUGCGCCAGGUAACCUUGAAAUAGAAUUCAAAAAGAUUCUAUCAGCACGAUUUUCUGCUAACAAUAAUCAAAUGGAGUCCUUAAUAUGGUGGUUUAUUUUGCUACAGGCCAACCUUAACGAAGGGGUAGAAUUUGCGACUCUUGAGGAAAUGCAGAAAGAAGUUCUGUCAAGGUUUACAUCAUACCUUAAAGAAGAACCAUGCGGUGACUUAAUACAGAAGCUUGUUCUGAUUAGUAUUGCUGCACACUAUAAUGCUCAUCGAAGGCUAGAGGAUCAAGGUGCUCAAAAUCCCCCAGAAUCUACUAGAAUCUUUCGCCAUCACACAAAUUUUAAUGUUCGACUAAUGUCCCAGCUUCUUUCUAUCAUUACACCAGAGAUAGAUGACUCGUUGAUGGAUGAAAAUUCCCCUACAAAAUUUGAUGAAAAGCAAAAAGAUUUACGUACCAAAUCCCUUGUAGUUUUCCGUCGAAUUCUCCCUUUCCUCAGAUAUUAUACCCUCUGGUUUGCUACAAACGAGCCCCACAUUCGCCCGAACACUAGCAAUGAGUUUUCAAAUUCACACAACAAAGAGUUAUGGAGCGCCUACGCUUUAUUUUUGACUAAGCUUGUCAAUUGCUACCCGGUUAAAGAAAUGACAACAGUUCCAUAUCUUCUCACCGAAGAUAGUACUACAGUCGGCUUUAUGCCGUUCAGGAAUCCAGAACUAGUUAAAGCAUUAGAUUUCUACAAGCAAGUGGAUGGGAAUCUAAAGCCCUAUAUUGGUGAUCAUGGAGUCAAACGUAGCGAUCCAGAUAUUGAAAUGCAGUCUCGAAUCUUAGACAUUGUCUGCUGUGGCAUACAGCUUCAAAUGAAAAACGAUAUACCAUUGCAACUGCACAACAGAUCAGAUAGAUCAUUUUUUUCAUUUGUUGGAGACGAUUCUCCACUACCUCACGCUUCGGCUGCUCUGUCAAGAAACGAAGAAAGUUGCAUCGAUCAGAUAAAAAGAAUGCCUAAUGAUAGUAUGACAACCCAACUAUCUGCGGAUGAAAGGUGUGAAAUUUUUCCUAGUACUACCACAGAAUCCCUAGAUGUACAAGACAGUGUCGAGCUGAGUUUAAGCCGUAUGGUAGAUCAGCUUCUUGAGCCAGCAUCAAACAUGACCCUUGAGAACAUCAAAACACCCAUUACAAAAGGAUGUGUGAAUAAUGAUAUUCGUACUUCGGUUAUGUCGCACUCAACUAAUCUCCGAUUUCAAGGCACCCCUAAACUGCUACCGAGUCUCCCAGGGAUUUUUAGUUCGGCAUUUACGCCACAGCCAAAUGAACUACUGCCCAUAAACUCCUGCAAUCAGAACACUAGCUAUCAGCUCUCUCCAUUAUCUCUCGUAGGACGCGAUAGCCGCUACAAACCUACUGCUUUAACAGAGGAACAAGCUGGCUACACGUAUUUAAGCGACUCAUCUCAACGGCGAUUACCACGUCCUACUGAGACUUGGUCCAAGGGUUUCAAUUAUCAGCAGCAAAGUCUCACGCCCAUCUCUCCAGAAUCUACUGAAUAUAGAUGCAAUUAUUCGAGCUCAUCCCCUCUCGAUCAGGUCAGAGCUAAUACUUCAAAACUAUCUAAAGGAAAACCCAAUAUCUCUGUUGGGAAUAGUUUUGACUAUUACACUAUGCUACAGAAUUCUAUUCAAAGCACUGUCCCUCUGUGCUCUUACAUUCAUAAUCCACAUGGCAAUCAAGGUGACUAG